AUGUUUGCUACUGUUCUUUCCCUGGGCCUGGCUGUAUUGCCCUUUGUCUCUGCUGCUGUCCAUGACAUUCAAGUUGGAGCUGGUGGAAAACUGGUUUACUCUCCCGAGGCUAUCUCCGCUCAACCUGGCGAUCAAGUCGUCUUUCACUUUAAUCCGAAAAACCACACCGUGACGCAGUCAUCCUUCGCUGAUCCAUGUGGACCGAAGUCUGGAGGAAUCUCAUCUGGUUUCCAACCAGUCGUUGCAAACCAGACUAGCAAUUUACCAACUUUCACUGUCACCGUUAACGAUACUCAACCCAUAUGGGUCUACUGUGCCCAAGCAGCUCGUACCCCAAAUAGCCACUGCGGCCAAGGCAUGGUUUUCGCCAUCAAUUGUGGGCUUGACGGAGCUCCCAACUCCUUCACCAAUUUCAAGAACGCUGCUCUAGCAGUUGGUGCCAGUCUGUCUGCUGCUGCCGCUGCUCCUUCUACGACUGCUGCAUACGGCGGCUACACCAUCCCUCCCGCUCCCGUCCCCACUUUAGUUACUCAAGCCAUUACCCUUGGAUCAUCAACUUGGACCACUACAUAUAGUUCUUACCCCAACUCACCCGCCGCAACUCCAGCUUCUCUGGAAGGUCAGGUGCACAAGGUCAUUGUCGGUGGAACUGGAACGCUGGCUUUCAACCCUCCUAUGGUCUCAGCGGCUCCUCGAGAUGUCAUCGUUUUUGAGUUCCAUCAGAAGAACCAUACCGUUACUCAGUCGUCCUUCGACGAUCCUUGCCGUAAGCUUAGCACUGGCAACGGAUUUGACUCUGGCUUUUUCCCGGUUGCUGACAAUACGACUAAUUUCCCCACUUGGAAUUUCACCGUCACCGACACGGCUCCUGUCUGGGCAUAUUGUCGCCAAAGCAACCCUAGCAGCCACUGUGGAGCUGGGAUGGUCUUCGCCGUCAACUCGGACGAGUCUUCUGGUCGCAACUUUGCCGCUUUCCAGAAUGUCGCCAAGGCGCUGAAUGGCACCGCCGUCGCUGCUACUGUCCCUUCCGCUACCAGUCAAGCGAGCGGCGCUCUCUCACUGCAUACAGGUGGAGCCAGCGCAAUGAUUCUGGUUGCUUCAUUCGUUGCGGCUUUCCUAUGA